GUACCUUAAGGAUCAUAUUCUCAAGGGUCUUUUUGUCAUGGAUAAAAAUGGAAUCAUUACUUUAUUUUUUAACUCCCCUUGCUAACGUCAGUGACACCCACCCACUGCUAGUCCACUAGGGAUAUAAGUACAGACGACUCUGCUUGCAGAUUGCAGGCAGGGUAUAACCAACAAGGGGCCAGGCAAAGCCAAACUCUCUGGUAAGCUUUAUUUUAACUCUAUCUGUGUGUGAUUUUCCUUUCUUGUCCUAUGGGAGAAAACAAUUUGGGAUUCUUGUGAGUGAUGUUUAUGGCUUCCCAAGUCAGUAUACAUCCUAUAUAUUUGUGUUCAUUGGAUUUCUUAGGCUCUAAACUCUGCAGGGAGAGAUAAUCUAAUCUGUGUCAGAUUUAUUCCUUUAAAAGAACAAUUUUGGGGGGAGGGCUUGUAGCAGAGCACUUCUUUGAAAGGACAACAAAAGCACAAUCAGGCUUUUACAUUGUCCUAAUUCCUUUUCUUUCAUGGGCUACUUCAUGCCAAACAUCUGGAUGUUUUUUCUUCCUUUUUAAGUGAAAAGUUCUCUAGAGAUUUGUGUGAACUGUUAUCUCCUUUUUUCCUCACUCUUUUUCUCUUCUCCUUCUCUUUUUCCUCUUCUUACCUUUCCCUACCAAAUUCCUGUCUUUCCCUCUGCUGACUAUAACUACUUGCCUUUCCUCAUUCUUCCUUUCUUAUAGUCUAUGCAUCCCUUCAGCAUGUCCCCGAUGAUGUUUCUGCUGCCUCUGUGCGUAGCACUCUUGCCAGUGAGGCAGGGUCAAGGAGCCCCACUGAGAGGAGAGGAGAAGUGGAAAUCGCUAGACAAUCCCAGAAACAGAGACCUGUUUUUCAGAACCCUCCAGGCAUAUUUUUUGAGAAGAGGUCUUGAUCUUGAGAAGUUUCCAAAUGCUUUCUACAUAAACAAUGAGAAGCCUUGGCCUUCCUCUUUCCACUCGGAUCCUAUGGCUUCAGCAUUUGCAGAUUAUGAGGAGCAGAAAAAUUCCUUUUCCAAUUACUUGAGAGGCUGAA